CUGGAACACUACAGCACGAGUUUAGAUUAAUCUAGAAAGCAAAAUUGAAAUUAAACUAUUACAAGAAGUUAUAUAAAAAAGUUUUAUAAAAGAAAUAACAUUGGAAAUUAUUUAAAGUUUUAAUAUUUAUUUAUUUUUUUUCAAGAGAAUAAAUUAACAGGCUGAAAAAUGGCUAAAUGGGGUGAAGGCGAUCCUCGAUGGAUUGUGGAAGAACGUCCGGAUGCUACAAAUGUUAAUAAUUGGCAUUGGACAGAGAGAAAUGCGAGUUCUUGGUCAAUAGAUCGUCUUAAAGAAUUAUUUAAAAAUUUGAAAGUUGAUUCUGAUGUAGGUGAUCUUAAAAUUGUAGAGUCUGAAAAAUGUGAUGGCGAAGCUUCAGCAAAUAAUCGAAAAGGAAAAUUAAUCUUCUUUUAUGAAUGGAAUCUAGUUUUAAAAUGGGAAGGAAAAUUAUUAGGUGGAUCGGGGGAUUUAGUUGAAGGGAAAGUAACGAUACCGAAUUUAUCAGAAGAAAAUGAUAUUUCAGAAGUUGAGAUCACAAUUACGCUUAAUUCGACAUCCGAGGAAGGGGAAAUUUUAAAAGCAGUUAUGCACAAUGUAGGAAGAGAUUUAAUUAGAAAACAAUUAUCAGUUUAUGUGCUAGGUUUACGGGAAGAAUUUAGUAAAGGAAUGAUUUUACCAAAGAAGGAAGACGUUAAGCCUGAUUGUAUUAAUAAUCUUUCCAGUGGUUUUAACUCAAAAAUUAGUAUGAAUACAGUUCAAACUAAAUCGGCUGCCAAGGAAAAAGAAGUAAAAACGAAUAUACCAACGACGGAUUUUGAAUUAACUCAAAAAUUCCAAUGUCCUGGAGUUGACUUAUAUAAUGCAUUAACGGAUCGUGGAAUGGUAAAUGCAUGGACUCGGGGGGCUGUUGAACAAAUUGAACCAAAACCUGGUGGUCAGUUCUCAUUAUUUGGUAAUAAUAUCGUUGGUGAAUUUGUGGAAUUAGACCCGCCUAAUAAAAUUGUACAAAAAUGGCGAUAUAAACAAUGGCCUGCUGGACAUUUUUCAACUGUUACAUUGAAAUUAAAAGAUAAGGGUGAUCAUACCGAAUUAGUUAUGAACCAAGUUGGUGUCCCAAAAACAGAACAUGAUGUCACGAUACAAAAUUGGCAACAGUAUUAUUGGGAAUCCAUUCAACGCACCUUCGGGUGGGGUGCAUUUUUUGACUAUACAUAAACAAAUAGUUAAUAAAACUUAGUGCAAAAAAUUAUAUUUAAAUAGUUCAAUAAAAUCAUGUGUGGAAAUAUUUCAAUUUGCCAAUACUAAAAAAAUAUUUCUCACAUAAUAAUUUGUUCAAUUGUAAAAAAAUAUAAUAAACAAAAAAUCACACGCUACUACUUAAUUCUUAUAAUCUUAUUACGAAUAUAAUUUUUUAAUUUAAAACACAACAUAUUUAAAAUGAACUAUAUACCUCCAUCUUUA